UGAAGGAAGGACGUAAGAACCGUUUGAAGAAAACUGGGUGGGAAAUGCGACAAGUAAACGCGUUCUUCGUUUCUUCUCCUUCUUUUUCUCUCUAAAAAUCUAAGACGCCCAUGAAAUUGGAGAUUUUUCCCAAACCCUAGAAUCUCGAAACCGCAAAAAUAGAAAAAAAAAAUGAUUGGUUGGCUGAAACAGCUGCGAAUUGCUUUCGGUGCUUCUUUUGUUUGGCUUGUCUGCUUGAUUUACUUCACCCAGGGGUUUAGAUCAUUUGUAUGGACAGCGGUUUCCUAUCAGUUGAAGGACAGACUGAAACUGACACCUUCGGCCUCUCAGUUUGUGACUUCCAUAGCUUUUUUUCCAUGGAGCAUAAAACCAAUAUACGGAAUUGUGUCGGAUUGUAUCCCAAUCAAAGGAAGGAAGAGGAUUCCUUAUUUAGUGAUUGCAACACUUCUGUCCCUGUUUCCAUGGGUGGUUGUUGGCAUUGAAGAAAGCAUAAGGAAUUCCAGAGAUCAACUCAUGAUCUUCUUGUUGUUGCAAAAUCUUGGUUCUGCAAUGGCAGAUGUUGUCAUUGAUGCAAUGAUUGCUGAAGCUGCAAGACUUGAAAAGGCUAAAUUUGCUGGGGACCUGCAGUCGGUAUCAUGGAUGGCAAUGGCUGUUGGGGGAAUCUGUGGGAGUUUAUUAGGAGGAUAUGCACUCACCAACUUUCAAAUGGAAACCAUUUUUCUUCUUUUUGCUGUUUUGCCAACUCUACAGCUUUUCUCAUGUGCUUUUGUGAAGGAGACUCCUGUCCCAAAACAAUCCACCUCUAAAACUAAUGGUCUUAAUGGGAGCAUCUCCGUCUCAGAUGAAGAUAAAUCCACAAAUCAAAUCCAUAAUAAAACCAACACUUUAAGGAGAAAAAAGAGCUCCAAGAGAAAGAUGAAUAAAAGCAACAGUCAGAUACUUGAAAAGGAUCCAUCUGGAUCUUUUUCUUCUGGAUUACAAUGGCUUCGAUCCUUAAAGUUGGCUGGUUAUACUUUGUUCAAAGCUUUUCGACAGCCAAUUAUUUUAAGACCAAUGGCUUGGUUUUUCCUAGCACAGGUGACGAUCCCAAACCUGUCAACAAUCAUGUUCUACUACCAAACAGAAGUCCUUAAUUUGGAAGCAUCGUUUCUGGGGACAACACGUGUUAUUGGGUGGAUAGGCCUAAUGCUUGGAACUUUCAUUUACAAUCGUUUUCUAAAAAAGAUGAAACUACGAACGAUUCUUAUGUUUGCACAUGUUGGUCUGUCUUUGCUGACGCUUGUAGAUGUAGUGUUGGUUUGUAGAUGGAAUGUUUGGUUAGGGAUCUCAGAUGAGACAUUGGUGGUGUUUGGAUCUGCUCUCUCGGAUGCAGUCAAUCAAUUCAAGUUUAUGCCUUUCUUGAUCCUAUCGGGACAGCUGUGUCCGCCUGGAAUAGAAGGGACUUUAUUUGCUCUCUUCAUGUCGAUAAACAACCUGGGGUCCACAAUCGGGUCCUUUGUUGGUGCGGGUUUAGCUUCCUUUCUCAACAUCUCUUCAGGCUCUUUUGAUAACCUUAGUCUGGGGAUAGGUAUUCAGGUCUUUUGCACAUUUUUCCCCGUUUUUUUCCUCUUUCUCAUACCAGAAGAAGCUACAGGGAUAUCAGCAUCAUAGACACAGAUACAUACUUAGAUACAAACACAAACCCCUGUUAUGACAGUUUUAACAGUUUGGAUUAAUUAGGGAAAUCUUGAGCUUCAUUUCAAAUACAAUUUUGGUCUAGAUUUACUCACUAAAAAGAUAUUGUAUACCAAAAAUUUGUUACCCAUAUUCAGAUUCAAAUUUAUCUAUCGGUUUCUGAAAUAAAGAGUUGUUGGAUU